ACUUGGCUGCGCGCGCACAUCAGCCUCCUCAUUGCCUUUUUUAUUUGAUUUUUUUCGCGCUCCAAGAACGACAACUUUUCUCUUUUUUCUGGCAACAAGAAAUCAAGACGGCUCUUUUUGUUUGAACUUUCAUGUUGCCGCGUUUACAUCUGCGGUUUUUUUCGACAUGUACCCCGCGGCGAGCGAACAUUUAUCCUGCCUGGUCUGCCUCUCCAUGUUUAAAAACUUUCAAGAGUUAAAGCUCCAUAUCAACACAAACUGGCACCGACAGAAAAUGAAUGAAGUAUUCCAGAAAGAGCCUGACGGUUUUUAUAACAAGCUCCCAAACAUUGUCAUUAUGGAUCGAGACAUCCGACAAAACAUUCAUCAACGCUGCAUAGGUGUGCGAUUGCUGACUGUCUGUUUCACUCCAAGUGUGGCGCAUGUAUUUUACCUGUGCCACAGCUGUAAGGAAAUGUUGCGGGACACAAAGAUAUUAUCCCACAUUACCUCCGUUUGCCAUAUAUUCAACUACUGUAACUACAUAGAUCCAAAUAGGCUUGGAUUCUCCUGGAUUCCUAACAAAGAUUUAUGGGUAGAUCUACCCAAGCAAGAAAGAAGCCACCAAUCAGGACCAAUACAGAUGUUGGAUUUGCCUGAAAACCUGUUUGGAUUGUAUAAAACGUAUACCUACUCUCAAGUAAUGCACUCUCUCAGUGAAUUCGACAAGCUUCCCAAGCUGCUGGAAGUUGUCAAGCCAAAGAGAGUGACCAUGCAACAGUACCAAACAGACAUCCAUAGGAAGUAUCCCCUUCUAGGCAUGCAGCACCUUGUCGAAUGCAUUUGUAAGGGACAGACUGAGAGGACAUACUACCUUUGCACCCUCUGCAAACUGACGCUGGCUGCCCACACCGUCAUCAAACACGUCCUUAGCUUUGACCACAUCUAUAGUUUCUUUAAAGCCUGGCACCCUUUCACUUUGGUGUCUAAGCAGUAUUAUCGGGACUACUCAGAGGGUUUCAUGUCCAUGAUGCUAAAUUUGGCAAAGCAGGCGGAGAAGCUUCAAGGACCUGCACGGGCCAACAUGAAGCGACUGAGUCUGGAGCCUGAUAUUUUUGUAUCAGUCAAUUUCCACUCUUAUGAAGAUGCUUUGAACAAACUGGAGUCCAUUGCAAAGAAAAAGGAUGGAAGCAGCUUGAAAACAUGCAUCAAACCUGCGGGGAAACUGGAUAUUUCUGCUGUGCCACACACAAUACGUUGUCAGAACUGUGACUACUCAUUUGAGUUAGCAGACCUUUAUUUUCAGCACGUGCAAACUGAGAAACACAAAACAAUGAUGAAGAAACUCUGGAGCAAGGAACAGAGCACCGACGCUUGCAACCACAAUGCAAUGGCUACAAGUGCAGAAGAUCAGAAACCCCAUCAAGAUUUAUUCAGUGAACUCCUCCUGGACUCUGCUGCAGACACCUCCCAGGUGGUGAUCUGUAACAGCACAGAAGCAAAGGAGGCCACACCCAUUUGUGUCUGUUUUGUUUGCGAAGAUGCUUUUCCCAAGUCACUGCUUCCAAACCACUUGUCCUCACCAAAACACCUUAUACAAACACUAUUGUAUCUGAAUCCCUGCCGACUGCCUUUUGGUUGGCAAGAAGUUCCAGGCCAGAAGUUAUUGAAAUCAAUGGUGGCGAUGGAAGUGAGCGAAAGAGGAUUGUGUCAGACAAUUAUUCAGGUGCUGGAUUUACCUGCCUCGGUCUUGAGUAUCCUCAGCUCGUCAAGUUGCAAGACCGUGCUGGAAAGACUCAAGCCUGACCAUGCAGCUGACCUGCAACAUAAAGUUCCGCCGUGCCAAGUGUUUAGCGAACACAACCAUUUUCCACUGUUGGGGUGCGAGUUUCUGGUGAUGCACGACUCCUACGACCAGUCCCGUGAAGUCACGGUGGCUUCGUGUCUGCUGUGCCGGAAGCAGCUGUCGGACACUGAAUGCUUCGCUCACAUUUUCAGCUGGGAACACGUCAAGAUGUUUCUCGUGAAAUUUCACCCUGGUUCGCUGACCUCUUCUUGCGAUAGGACGAUACUGCUGGACCUGGCAAGGCAGGCCGCACACCUUCACGGUGUAUCACAUAUACAGAAAGUGACAUUUAAGAGGCCCAUCGAAGAACCUUGCGAUUUCUACAAAGCCGCAAAAUGGAAGGAAGUCAUACCGAGACAAACGUUGGUCCCUAAAGAAACCCCAAUAUCCAAGAACUGGAAGAUUGCAAAGCCUCCGGACAAUAGUCAAAACAAACAUUUGCAAAAGUCUGUGGGGAGCAAGUCUGGCCCAGCUGAUAAAGGCUGCAUUGUAAAAGCAGCAGAGGUUUCUAUAAAGACAGAGGAGCAAACAAGUAAGGAGAAGCCAAAAAGCUCCUACAUCCCUGCUAAAGUGGAGCCAAAACAAGAACAGAGCAAAGAUGUUCAGAUGUCUGCAAGCCAAGGCGGUAACCAGAAAAGGCUGCGUAUGAUGCAAGAGACAAUAGUUCUUGACAAUGCUAUAGCUCAUAAGAGACGACGUCUCAACUCCAACGAGAACGCAUCAUGUGAAGAAACGCUGAAGAUGGGGACCACAGCUGUCAAGAAGGAAGCAGUGCAAACUGUGAUCAAUGAAGCCCAGCAGGAAAAUACCCUGAAGUCUGAGCCUCAAAAUGCCCAUGUGACUUUCUUUGUUCAACCUGAUCCCAACAUUACAUUUAAAUCCACAUCAGGCACCAAAUUGACACCGUUGACCAAAAUGACUACGUCCAAAUUACCAACACCUGCAGCAGGUACAUUUAGAUUCACUACCAGCCAGUCAACCAAGUUGACAGACGCCACCACAUUGACUCCAAAUGUCCACCAAACCUUACCCAGUUCCACUAUGUUCACUGAAAGUAAGCCCAACUUGAGAGGACAUGACUCCUCAUCUAACAAUUAUCCCGCAACCACCCUUAAUGGGGUAAAAACUAAUCAGUCUUCUGUACUUGCAACCAUCUCAAAAUCUAUUGCAAGCACCACUAAGACCUCAGCACCCAGCACCGUCUGUGCCGCCGAAUCCACAGCAUCUGCUGCAGCAAGCUCUAAAUUUACUGCAACUGCCACUAAUACCACCAAGCCUACUUCUAAAUUUACUGUGGCCACCACUAGCACUACAAAACCUACCACAAGAUGUACUACAAAACCCUCAAGAGCUAUAACAACCCCCAGUGCAAUGACAACCACCUCAAAGUCUGGAACAAUUUCUAAAUUUACAUCAUUGCCCACUAGUUGUACAACAACACCCAAUGUAACCGCAACCACCAUCAUGUCUGCAACAACUUAUAAAUGUACUGCACCGGCAAGCACCACCAAAUUGACAGCAUCUAUUGCCAGUUGUGCUUCAACAAAUUCCAGCUCAAUCUCUAAAGCUCCAUCCACAAUGUCUCUAUCAUUACACAAAGCACCAAAAGACAGAACAGAAACCGUGGUCUUAUCAGCUGAAGCUCUACCAGUUCACACGAGCGUUCAAGAAGUCACUUGCGAAACUGCACACAGGGCAAGGAGAUGUUCAGAGAACACAUCGUGCACCAGGGUCAAUCUUGGAGCAUCCUCCGGUGAGAAUGUACAUUUGAAGAGCACUGGGGGGUCUAAUGUUGAAGCACAACCAUCUCUUCAGAGGUGUAACCCCCAUGCAGGACCUUCAAGCACAACCAAGCCAUUGUUUAGCAAUGUGAAGCCAACUGGAACUGUUCCCAAAAUUGGCUUAAGCUACAUAAUUGUAGUUACCAGUGAUGGAAGGAAGCAAUCCUAUUGCACUCUGUGCCGCAUUCGAUUGGAACGGUCCAGUCACCCAAUGGAAAACAUUCACCGGUACAACUAUGUGAAACUGAGGUUUCCAGAGUUGAAUGAUGAGCAGCUGGCAGGCAUCAACCUGGAGAAGUUUGGGCUCUGCAUGGCUGAGGUGGAGAAGUGUUUGGGUCAACGGAACAUUCAGACAAGAAAAGUGACAAAUGACCAAUACAAGGAGCUGUCUGUUCUUCCGGAGGCCGAAGCUUUAUACAGAUUAGAGAAUCACUUCUGCGUGUCAUCUUCCAGUAAUGGCUCUUCACUUGUCUCAAGACGACCGUUUUCAGCCACCUCCUCACAGGACGUUUCAAGUCCCGAAUAUGACCGUCAACAAGACAAGUUUGAGGACAUAAUGGAGGCCGGCACUGAAGACAACAAAGGCCUACAUCCUAAACAUGCAUUAGACAUGGAAGCUGUACACGCCAGUGAUGCUGUUCCAUUCACUGACCUGGACCCCACUCGUGCAACCAAAUCAAUGAUGGAAAUGGAUACAUCUGGGUGCAGACAACAGCAGGAGAUUGCAGAGCGAGAUUGUGGCUACACAGACACGAUUCCAGAAAGUUGUAAUGGCCGGUUAACAUCUGUGUCGCUGGCUUCUGCUUCAGUGACCACAGAACAGCGGAAUCUAGAAGACGUGGAUAGGAACUCACCAUCAUUGUUGCUGGAACUGGAAUUUCCUCCUGCUUCGGUGACCACAGAAAAGAGGAAUUUAAAAGGUUUGGAUGGGAACUCCCCAUCAAUGUUGCUGCAACUGGACCCUCUUCCUGCUUCAGUGACCACAGAACAGCACAAUCUUGAAGGCUCUCAUUUGUGCUCACAAUCAGUGUUGCUGGAGCUGGACCCGCCUCCUGCUUCUUUGACCACAGAACAGCGGAGUCUAGAAGACUCGAAUGGGCACUCACCAUCUGUGUUGCUGGAUCUUAACCCUCCUCCUGUUUCGGUGACCACAGAACAGCGGAAUCUAGAAGGCUCGAAUGGGCACUCACCAUCUGUGUUGCUUGAACUAAGCCCGCCUCCUGCUUCAGUGACUACAGAACAGCAGUUUCUAGAAGGCUCUAAUAGGCGCUCACCAUCAGCGUUGCUGGAACUGGACCUACCUUGUGCUUCAGACACAAAAGUGUGCAAUCCAGUUGGAAGCUGUCAGAAUGCUGAUAGACAGACUAGUAUGCAGAAAGCAACAAAAGACCCAGAAAGUAACCUGGGAUGCUCUGAUCCUCAUGUGCCCGUGUUUUCAGGCAAAGCAAGUAACUUGAGUACAUUUUUGUGGGUGAGGGGACCGUACAACCAGCCAAUCGUAGGUCUGGCGUCUGUGUACGAGUGUCGUGGAAUGGCUGGAGAUUCGCUCUACUUGUGCGAGAGUUGCAGUCAGAAACUCUCAGUUAGUGACAUCUGCCAGCAUGUAUUUGGCAGGGAGCACCAGCGGAAAUACAUUCUAAAGACUUAUCCUCAGUUUAUGGACACAUUUUGGGAUGACAAGGAUCUGCCAGAGGACAAAAAAAUGGAUCUCCUAAAGGAUGUAGCACACAGAGUAUCCCAACAAGAGCAUUUUAAGAAGAUGGAUGCAAAGGUGUGCUUUCUCUUUCAAGAGCUGUAUGACUAUGUUUUAACAGCUCCAUUCAGUAAAGCUCUUGAUGCGCUACAGAACGGGAAGAAGCAGAGUUUGGUAUGUAAGCCCAUCGUCACAUCGCAACUAAAGGGGAGCCAAAAAUCAAAAGAACAGAUUGGACAUUUGAAUGUGAGUGGAGUUGCUUCUGUUGAGCCUUCGCACUCUGCAGCUAGCAUGUCCCUCCAACAUCAAGAGAACCACAGAAGCUCCCUUUCAAGUCCUAUCCCCAAAACACCUGUUUGUCAAGUAAAAGAUGAACUGAUUCCCUCAGAGUCCAGAUCACCGGGACCCUCUGGUUAUAUUCCCAAGUCACCUCCAAUUUUUAAAGUGAAGGAUAAACUGAUGCUCUCAUCUGGAUCUUGUGUACCUCCUGGUGUUGUCUCCGAGACACCACCUAGUUUUCAAGUGAAAGAUGAACUGACAUCUUCUGAGUCCAAAUGUCCUGUAACUCCAGGUGUUCUCUCCAAGACGCCACCUAGUUUGCAAGUGAAAGAUGAACUGAUACAUUCUAAGUCCCGAUGUCCUGUAACUCCUGGUGUUAUCUUCAAGACACCGCCUAGUUUGCAAGUGAAAGAUGAACUGAUACCUUCUAAGUCCAGAUGUCCUUUAACUCCUCAUGGUGUUAUCUCCAAGACACCACCUAGUUUGCAAGUGAAAGAUGAACUCUUUACACAAGGCAGAUUGCAUGUAUCUGCUGAUUCUCUUGCAAAAAGGCCACCCAUUUCUCACGGGAAAGAUGAACCCAGUGUGUCGCGGUCUAGAUCCCUUUCAAUGUCUGCACCUAUCUCAAGAACACCGUCUGGUACUCAACAAGCUAAAGAUGAAUUGGUAUUCUCUGAGUCCAGAUCACCUAUAAGUGGUGCUCAAAUCUCCAAGACACUGCCUCAACUGAAAAAUGAACAGAUGUUUGCAGAACCAGUAGUUAAUAGAGUUCUGGAGAAGCGCUUCAAAACGCUACCUAAUGCUCAAGUGAAAGAUGAAACUAUGGUAUCAGAUUGCAGAUCGCCUGCAACUACUGGUCCUGUGCCCAAGAUUCUGCCUAUUUCUCAAGUUAAAAGUGAAUUGGUACUCAUGGCCUGUGGAUCUCCUGUAAGUGCUGUUCCCAUCUCAAAGGCAUCUCCAAAAGUCCAACAGAAAUCGGAAUCGACACUCUCAGAAUUCAGAUCUAUUCCCAUUGUUGAGAAACUGUCAAGCUCAAAUUCCACCAUAACUGUCGGUUCAGCAAUUCGUCAAGGUGAAUACCUUCUUACCAGGAAGAGAAAAGCUAAUAAAUCUAUCGGUGAACUCAUUAGAACGUAUACCAAUAAAACCCAAGUUGAUGAUCCUCAGCCAGCCAAAUACACACGCAACAGCAUUGUUCACUCUUUGUGGGAUAUUACUCCUGGUGUUCAAGAGGCCUCUGUGGUAAAAAUCCUAAAAUCGGACACAAAAUUGAACCCUAAGGAACACAUUGCUAGCAUCACUGACAAUUCUGUUACCAAACCUUCUGACACUACAUCAAAUAUGUGGUGCUCAAAGUCUGUGCAGACUAUUGCCACAAGUUUCAAAACUGAAAGUAGAAGGAGUUCAACAAGUUUUAAAAUUAAAACUAAUCCGUCCAAAACAUCUGAGCCGUUCAAACAGGACAGCAGACAUAUCGAGCCAGGCAGUCCAUCACACGAGCAUAAGUUUGUACGAGAAAAACCUUUGGCCUUACUAGGAGGUUUUGAGUACAAGACCCUGUUGGGUGACGCUUGUGUGAGGACCGAACCAAAGUUUGCGCCGAUACCACAGUCUCAAGGCAGUACGGAUCACACAGAGGUUUCCCUGCAUCAAAGUACAGUUUCGGCAAAUGGUGUGGAUAUGGAGUCAAACCAUGAGCUCGUUGGUACUAUAGCAGGUCCCACUGAGACUCGGCUGUCAGAUUUGGGCGGUUGCAAAUCAAAUCCUUACACUGUAGCUGCAGGGUGCACUGUGCCUAAUAACGACAACACUACAUGUGAAAGACUAAAUCCUAAUGAAGCAUCAAAAGAACUGCCGGUCCAGACCUACGACUUUACCAUACCCCUGGCAAUGGGGUGGAUGAACCCACAAAUGCAGCAGUGGGUGGAGCAGCAACAGCAGUGGGUGGAGCAGCAAAAGCAACAGCAGUGGGUGGAGCAGCAACAGCUGUGGGUGGAGCAGCAAAAACAACAGCAGUGGGUGCUGCAGCAGCAGCAACUACAACAACAGCAACAGCAGUGGGUGGUGCAGCAGCAGCAGCAGCAGCAACAACAACAGCAGCAACAGUGGCAGCAGCAGCAGCUGCUGCAACAACAGCAACAGCAGUGGGUGCAGCAGCAACUACUACAACAACAACAGCAGCAGCAGCAGCAGUUGGCACAUCAGCCGGUGGAGCAGCAGCAGUACUCGACCUGAGUAAGGCUGACGCAGACCGUCGGAAAUGUCACCACUGGCGCCUCCUUUUUCCAAACGUUCCGUGAUGUUGACAGAUGUGAAGGUGCACGGGAACAUCGCAGUAUAACGUGUUGACACUGGCACAGUUCCCUCAAAGACUCUAAAAUGUUUUCCUCUGCCAAGACUGUUUAUAAAAACGUAUGUUUACAUUUUACACUGACUGUCAUUAUGUUCUGUUGAUAGUGUAGACACUGUAUGAGUCUGGAAGAACAGACACAACUGUUUUAAGGUACUUUAUUUUUAAUGUACAGCUAGUUUCAUUAAGUCUGUUUCUGCUCUUUGUGUAUUUUUGCCCAAUAAAGUGUAAAAACUAUACAAUUCUGCCACCAUUUGACAUUUGUACUUUAGUAUUUUACCACAUCCCUGGGAAUAUAUUAUUUAUGGUGGCAGACAACUUUAUUUUAUACAUGGAAAUGAGAUUUAAUAAAUGUGAAACUU